AUGGAACAGAAGUUCCUUGACGACGUUGCGGAGUCAAACCGAGAAUGGAGAUCCCUUAUAAAGGGAGGGAGUGGCAAUCAACUCCUCGCCAAGCCACUGUGGUUUCGGUCAUUCAGACAAGAGUACUUUGCUCAGCAGAAGGAUUUCUGCGAAGCGAUCGGAGAUCGAGUGGCGGUUAAACUCAAGGGUCAAAUCGCGGAUGAGGUGACCACGAAAAUCAGCGGCCUUAUCCGUGAGACCCUUCAACAGGUUACCGCACCGCUAAGCGACGGUCUUGUGAAGUGCAUCGAGACGAUGGAACACCGCCAUCGAGAGUCUGCCGACAUAAUCCAGAAGAUCGAAGAUGUUAAGGUAUCAAGAGUUGAUGUCCGCAAAAUGAGUCAAGUACUUGAUGAUAUCAAUGCAUCAAGUCAACUGCAGCUACAGGCUUUCCAAUUUCAGGGGGUAGCAAUCAACCAGCUGCUCCCGACAAUUAAAGAUCAUCAGGAGAAAAUCGACCAACUGAAUCAGAAUGCGAUCGAUAUUGAAGCAUACCUUGCUGAUUAA